CUUAAUGACGUAUGUUGUGUUUUGGUGAAACCUUUUGCUGUCCUAACGGUGUGUUUACGGCCUGUAUUUUAUCUGGGUGUUGGUGCUGUAUAACUUCAUCUGCAAUGAACAAAAACAAGGCCAGUGGCGUGUCGUGGGUGAAGCCAGCAGAACCGUCCUUUUUGAAGAAGUUUAAAAAUGACGUCGGCUACAAAGAAGGUCCGAAUGUUGACACUAAGCGUCAGGUGAUGCCGACGCUUGAUGACGACAGCGGGAGUGAUCGAGAGGACGAGUUACCCCAAGUUGUGGUUCUAAAAGGAGGAGACUUGACUGCAGAGGAUUUGAAGAAGAUCAAGGGCGCCACGCGCGCUGGCGCCGCGGAGAAAGAGGAUGAACCUCCUGCUGAUGGAAAAAUCCUGUUCAAGAAACCUGCCAAGCGCUCCUCCUCUGACAAAUACCAGGGCAUCACCGCCAGCUCCAGCAAAAAGAACAAGAAGAGUGGUGGGGCAGAGAAGAAGAAGGAGGAAGAGAAGGAUGACGAAGCGGAGGAGGAGGAGGAAGUGCUGGAGGAGGAGGAGGAGGAGGAGGAAGAGAAAAAGAAGAAGAAAAAGAUGAAUAAUGAUAAAGAAAAGAAGUCUGGGAAGAAGGUAAAAAAUAACAGCCUUCUCUCUUUUGGAGGAGACGAUGAAGAAGAGGACUAACUGUUCAUUAAGCCCUGUGACAAGAGAGGAAUCAAUGUGGAAUUGGAAUAUUAAUGGUGAAAGUGUUUCAUAAAAUUGGCAAAAAGAAACGGGGGUAACAUUUAACAGACAGUCUUGAAUUCAUCUCUCCAUCCUGUAGUUUAUUAUUAUUCAAUUAGAGGACAGUGCCAGUAUUUUUACAUGUUCAAGCCCACUGACUACAAAUACACUGUUACUGCCAAAUGCUCCAUUCAUUUUGGUACAAAUGUAAUUGUGGAGAUUCCAUUUGAACAUCUUGAUUAUGCAGAUUCUUUUUUGAACUCCUUUGUUCGUUCAGAUGCUCAGUAAGUGUCAAAGUGAAGAGGAACUGAUGGGGCCGAGUGGAGGAAAAUAUUUAGCUCAACAUGAAAACUUAUAAUACGGUGAAGUAAUGUUCCCUUUGAGUGUUUACCUACCUCGAACAAGCAACCUUGUUCAAGUUCAUUCAAAAUACUGAAAUCAAUGGACACCCAGGUAAAAACCUUUGGUGCAAUGUGUAGUCAAUGGAGUGAACAAAGCAGCAGUGUUGUGUGUUGCAUUUCCUUUUUCGUCUAGCAGGAGAUCCUCAGCAACAGUUAAAACACAAACACGAGCAAGGCUGCUUCCGCUGUUUGAAGGUUUGCAGUCCUACAAACUAUGCAAUUUUUUCUGAUCAAUGGGAAUCAAGCAGCUCUACUGGCACGUUGUUCAAUUGAAUGGGUUCAAUUAUUUUUUCCCAAGUUAGAUUUUUAUCUUUGAUUGCAGUCAUCUGCAAUAAUCUUUUAACAUUAAAAUACAAGACACAUUUUUAUCUUUUAACCAAAAAAAAAAAUUAUCUUCAUGAAGUUGAAUCCAGUGACACACUUUAAAUACAUUAAUUGUUUCUGUGUCGUCCACUCUGGCGAACAGUAAAGAUGCCGCCUCAUGAUCCCGAGCCCCCGUUAGUCCGCGUCUCUCUGGUGUCGUCACAUUCGUUGGUGUUUUUUGCGAGCAGCGUGGAAGUGCUCAUUGUACUUUUGAAAUGCAUUCAUUCAUGAUUUGGAUGUGUGAAAGUAUAUUCUCGCUUCGACAACGGAGCUGUAACAGUUUAUGUAGAAACCAUGCAUUCUUGUCAAUGCAAUUGAAUGUUUUAUUUUAUUGUGCGUUUUUUUUUACGUGUGCAUUUUUUUAGACGUGUUGCAUCUGUAACAUUUGAAAAUACAAAAACAUUAAAUCAACUGUACACCGUC